AGAGGUGUGAGGCAGCGAGACUCGCACCGAGCACCUCCCCGGCAGCCAUGCCGCCGCCGGCAGACAUCGUUAAGGUGGCCAUCGAGUGGCCGGGAGCGUUCCCCAAGCUCAUGGAGAUAGACCAGAAAAAGCCUCUCUCGGCCAUCAUUAAAGAAGUGUGUGAGGGCUGGUCCUUGGGAAACCAUGAAAACUUUGCUCUACAGAUUGCUGAUGCGACAAAUUUCUACAUCACAGAAAAGAACCGCAACGACAUCAAGAAUGGCUCGAUUCUGCGCUUAACCACCUCUCCUUACCAGACGGCUGUGCAGCUUCAUGAGCGGAUCCAGUCGUCCAGCAUGGAUGCCAAACUGGAGGCGCUGAAAGACCUGGCCAACGCGUCCCGGGACAUCACCUUCGCACAGGAGUUCAUCAACCUGGACGGCAUCUCGCUGCUCACUCAGAUGGUGGAGAGUGGGACAGAGCGCUAUCAGAAACUACAGAAAAUUAUGAAGCCUUGCUUCGGUGACCUGCUCUCCUUCACUCUAACGGCCUUUGUUGAGCUGAUGGAUCACGGGAUCAUCUCCUGGGACACUUUCUCUGUGGCCUUCAUCAAGAAGAUUGCCAGCUUUGUGAACAAGUCGGCCAUGGACACAGCAGUGUUGCAGCGUUCCCUGGCCAUCCUGGAGUCCAUGGUCCUCAACAGUCAGGAUCUUUACCACAAGGUGGCCCAAGAGAUCACCAUUGGACAGCUCAUUCCACAUCUUCAAGGAACUGAUCAAGACAUCCAGACUUACACCAUAGCUGUCAUCAACGCUCUGUUCCUUAAAGCUCCUGAGGAGAAGAGACAGGAGAUGGCCCACAUUCUUGCCCAGAAGCAGCUGCGCUCCAUCAUUCUCACCAACGUAAUCCGGAGCACCACACCCAUCAAUGACGAGAUGGCCCAUCAGCUGUACGUCCUGCAGGUGCUGACCUUUAAUCUGCUGGAGGACCGCAUGAUGACCAAGAUGGAUCCUCAGGACCAGGCUCAGAGGGACAUCAUCUUUGAGCUGCGCAGAAUUGCCUUUGACGUGGAGUGCGAGCCAAACAACAGCGGCAGCAUUGAGAAACGGAAGUCCAUGUACACCCGCGACUACAAAAAGCUUGGUUUUAUUAAUCAUGUGAAUCCAGCUGUGGAUUUCACCCAGAUCCCUCCAGGCAUGUUGGCUCUGGAUAACAUGCUCUACUUUGCCAGGCACCACCAAGACGCUUACAUCAGGAUCGUUCUGGAGAACAGCAGCAGAGAAGACAAGCACGAGUGUCCGUUCGGCCGCAGCAGCAUCGAGCUGACCAAGAUGCUGUGUGAGAUUCUGAAAGUGGGCGAGCUUCCCAGCGAAAACUGCCACGACUUUCAUCCCAUGUUCUUCACUCACGAUCGCUCCUUCAAGGAGUUUUUCUGCAUCUGCAUCCAGCUGCUCAACAAGACCUGGAAGGAGAUGAGGGCCACGAGUGAAGACUUUAACAAGGUUUGA